AUGCGACUGCAUCGACAAAAAGCAGUUGACGUAGGCAAUCAUGGAAGAGGAGGAGGAGAGGCGCCAGUGGCGCCUGCCACGGCCGUGGCCGCGCAGACGUGCACCGCAACAGCGAAUACAUUCGAUGCACUGAAUGUAGAACAUUUUGAUGCUCUUAAUGAAUCCCUACUCUUGGGCAAUAUUCUUCGUCUUGCGGGUAAAUUGAAAAUGCACUGCAUAGCCUUCGUUUCUUUUUUCUCUCGGGAAUUUUUUCGCCUCAUUUCCAGGUUCUCCAUUUUUAUUGCACCAUGCUCCAGUCGAAAACUUGUUUAG